CCAGGCCUCGGCGGGACCUCGGUCAUGGAGUCGCUGAGCAAAAUUAUAAAGAAUAGGGCUAAAGCCCGCUUAAGAGAGUUUGAUGUCGGAGCUAAAUUUUCCCACUUGUCAUCAAGGAAAUUUUCGGUUCUUCUACCUCUGGUGGUUAAAGAAGGAGAGCUGCAGGUAUUAUUGACCGUCAGGUCAAAGCAGUUGAGAAGAUCACCAGGCCAGGUGUGCUUCCCAGGAGGAAAAAGUGAUCCAUCUGACAAAGACGAAAUAGCCACUGCCCUCCGGGAGGCUCAGGAAGAAGUGGGACUUGAUCCUCAGCAUGUGGAAGUCAUCUGUAGGCUCGUCCCUUGCGUCGAUCAGACUGGUGGUGUGGUCACGCCAGUGGUGGGAUUUAUAGAAAAUAUCUCCCAGCUCCGACUUAAUCCAGACGAAGUGAGUGAAGUGUUCUUGGUACCGCUGGAGUACUUUCUCAGACCGCAAAUAUACAAAAAGCUACAAAUGACAUUUCUCAGCAACUCAAGUUAUGUCCACUGCUUUGAUUAUGUGGACCCCCAAAAUCAAGUGACCUAUCGCAUAUGGGGACUCACGGCCAAGAUUGCAGUAUUUCUUGCACUGAUUGUUGUGGAGAAAAAACCUUCCUUUGAUGUUGAAUAUGAUCUUAAUGCCCUAAUGUCAUCCUCCGAGCAUUCCUUCAUGCAGUCAUACAGUCGACAGAAGAACAAGCUGUGACCUCUAAAGCUAGCAAGGAAAACUGGGCGUAAUGAGCUAGAAGGUUCGAUCAUUGUUUAAUGCUCUGUGAUUAUGAGUGGCGUCUACACAGUUUUGUCUGCACUGCAAAUUCCAGGAAUUUGAAAAAAAUUGGUGGCACCUGGGAGCCCUCCUGCCUAAGCAUUCUUCUCUAAUUUGAAAGGGCAAAAGGCUAGUUCAGAGUUUCAAAAACUUGUAAUCACUUAGGGAACUGUUAUUAGUGGUGGAAUUAGCAUUAAUGUUGCAAUAAGGUACUGAGCAAUAUUUUUCUGGAAAUGGUGCCUUUUUCAGUUGUACCAUAUAUAAAGUAGAUUUCCACCAUUGUGAGACCCUGUUUUAGUGACAUGGCUUGUUAAGAGCCCUUCGUUUUUAAGAAUAGUUUUGCAGCGUUCCCAGAGAAUUAUAACUUCCUAUUGCUAAUUUUGUUCAAAAUAACCAUUUUCAGAUGAAUUAAUAUUGUAGUUUUAAACUGCGUUACUCUGGUUCCAUCUUCAGUGGUAUGCUACUAUUCCCCUAUCCCUGAUGGACUUGGACUGUCUCCCCCUGUAGACUGUAAGCUCCUUAUGGGCCGGGAUCCUGUCUGCCAACUCUUUUGUAUUGUACUUUUCCAAACCCUUAGUACAGUGCUCUGCACGUGCUCAAUAAAUAGCAUUGAUUGAGCAAGCACCUAAACUCUGAAGUACUGGGGAGAGGGCCUGGUAAUAAACAGCGGUUUUAUGACACAUGAUCACUGCCCUCCAGUAGCUUACAAACUAAAAGAAGUGGACAGACCAACCAAAAGUAUUCAGAGAUAGGGGGAACAGGAGGAAGAACAAUAUAGCAGGAAAGAGUAUAAAUGUGUCAGGAAGAGAUAACCGAAUACAUAAUUGAAGAAAAGAAUCAAUGUACAAAUAAAAAUAUACAUAGGUACAUAAGUACUGAGGAUAGGGAUAAAAAUAAGUGCUAGAAUCUGCACUUUCCUCUCCAUCCAAACUGCUUCCAUGGUGAUCCAAGCACUUGUCAUAUCCUGCUUAGACUACUGCUUCAGCCUCCUUACUGAUCACCCUG